AUGUUCAAGGCAUCGGGCCGUGACUUUGACACGCAGUCUUUGACUGCAAGUGUGACCGACUAUCCCAUAGAAAAUGGAAGACGUUACCACAAGUACCACGAGGGCACAUACCUCUAUCCCAAUGAUGAACAGGAGUUGGACCGUUUGGACAUGCAGCAUCAUAUGAUAAAGCUCAUCAAUAAUGGACGACUCUUUCUCGCCCCUAUACAGAACCCCAAGCAUAUCCUCGACAUCGGAACUGGAUCUGGUAUUUGGCCUAUCGAGAUGGCGACCGAGUUUCCCAAUGCCCAGAUUGUUGGUACUGAUCUUUCUCCCGUUCAACCUACCGAGGUUCCCGAAAAUGUUCACUUCCUGGUGGAUGAUGCCACCGAGGAAGACUGGCUCUGGGAGCCCGAGCACUUCGACUUCAUCCACACGGCACAUCUGAUAGGAGCCCUGCCUUCAUACAAGGAUCUCUUGCGGAAAACUUUCAAACAUCUCAAGGCCGGUGGCUACGUUGAGUGUAACGAAUUCGACCCCAAGCCGAAAUGCGACGAUGGAACGAUGCCGCCCGGCGACCCCGACAGCUUCAGCGAGUUCGCUCUGCAGGACUGGUGCGAUUUGGAAAUCCGAUCGGGUCAGAUCUCGGAUCCCCCCCGGCAAUUUCGAAUAGCUCAUCGAAUUGCACGAUGGAUGAGAGAUCUUGGUUUCGUUGACGUUGAAGAAACAAUCCACAAAGUCCCGACGAAUACCUGGCCGACCGAUCCGCACCUCAGGACUAUUGGUUCCUGGAGCGAAGCGAACUGGCUCGAAGCUCUAUCAGGCUGGUCAUAUAAACCCCUCAGUAUUUUGGGGUGGUCGAAACCCGAAAUCGAAGUUUUCCUCGUUGAUGUCCGAAAGAGCAUCCAGAACCGCGACGUCCACUGCUAUACAGACUACUAUGUGGUGACCGGCAGAAAGCCUCGCUCGGACCUCUCAAUUGCUGCCGCAUGCAACUCCUGCCUCAUGUCUUUCGGCAGAUAUGCCUAUAGGCAUACUAUUCAGCCCUCUUCCAACGUUUUAAUCGAUCACGUAUGGGUCAGCGAAGAUCUACUUUCCUCUACCUUCCGACGAUUCGCAAACGGCCAACGACGCCAUGAGAGCCGGGUCCCGGGUCCAUUGGAGGCGCGGAGACGGUUGGCUAAACGGCGGAAUACGGCAUUCGCUGGCAUAGCUGGAUCGGGGCCUUUGGACGAUGUCGCCUGUUUGUUUGGGCGCAAUGGCCGGGAACAUAUGAAAUGGAGCGAUAGCCAGUUGGGAAGAACGACGACACCCGAGACUCCAAAUUCUGAAUUCUAUCGGUUCUCUUCGUCCUCGUCCGCUUCUCCUCUUCCCUUUUACAGCGAGAAUGUCGAUCCGAGCGAGUCCUUCGGUCAGCGAGAUUCGGGUGCGCCGGCGGGAAAACGCUCUCGCAAACCGACUUUGCAGGAAUCCUUGCGGGGUCGCUAUACGGUGUCGGAAAUCAAGGAUGCGGUUUCGCAAUUGGGUGUUGAUCCUCAGAGGGACCCUGCCCUUAGUCGUCUGAUAUUCGAGCAUUUGUUGGCGCGGUCUACCGAGGAAGAACUCGUCAUCUUUCUAAAUGACAUAUCUUUGAAUAAUCCGGGAGCGGGGAACUAUCUGAGCGCGGUCAAAGACCUGGAUCUUCGAGAAACAGGUUUAACGGAACCACUGAUUCUUUGGGACGCCGUCAUUAGAGCGCUUGAGCUUGGGCUCAUCCCGUCAGAUGAACUCACAGCAAUCGUCAAAACCUUGCCGAAUCAGAUUGGCGAAAGUAAUGGCACGGGCGCCCUCACUGUGCUAUAUCAGGAGAUGUGGGAUGCGAUUGGGCAGUGCGAUGUUUAUGGGCAUAAAGAUCUGGAUGAGAUGAUCGCUGAUGCGUGGCUUGAGAUCCUAGUGGAAAGCAACCAUCCGGAUGCCCUUCUUCUGGCAAAGGAGAUUGUAAUUGCAACGCACAAGCGGAAUCCUACGCUCAGUUCCUGGACCCCUUUACUCAUCACACAGUGGCUGGAAGCAUCAGCUCACAAAGCCGAUAUCAAAUUUGUCACCAAUCUCUUGGGCCAAUUUCCACGCGACACGCAACUUCAGCAAAUAUUUGAGGCCACCGAAUUUCUGGUAUCUUCCAGGAAGCGAGACGUACUUGAGAAAUGGCGAGACAGCUUGUGUGCUUUGCCGAAUGUACGAAAACUGCUAUCGUCGCAGAUUUGGACCGAUGUUCGAGCCACUGCGGAGCAGACCAGCUCCCCUCAAUUCACGACUCACCACCAAAUUAUCUUGCGCCUCUGGGUGUUGAGGUCUCUUACUAGAAGCCUGCGCGACGGACCACUUUGGAGACCCGGGUCGAGAUCGAUAGAUUAUGUCGCCUAUAAUCUUUUGAAUCUUUACAAGGCUACCGAGGCUACCGAAGACAUCGACCACGAUGGAUUUCUAGCUCAUAUGAGGAAAGGAAUUCAUGAUCUGGGCCUACCAUCCAACGACCUACUCAUGCUUGCCGUUGACCUCAAAUCUGGAACGAAAAUGACUAAAGCGUCCCGAGGAUCCUUGCGGAAGCUAGAGUCGUCAAAUUUACCAUUUGCAGACAUAUUUGCAGACCUUGAGGCAUAUAACGCCUCGAAGCCUCAUAUGUUUACUGCUCUCGAAAAGACCGUUCGGAAAAUAGACGUCACAAGUCCUUCAUUCAUCGAGCAUAUGCUUCAUAUUGUACGAAAUGGAGACUCUCGGAGUGCCUGGACAAUAAUCCGUCUCCUUCGAUGCCACACCUCGCUUAAGAUAUCGCUAUCGAAAUCUUGGCAACCAAUUCCAGAACCGUCUGAGAUGGCGCUCGUGCGAUACUACUCCCAGCCUCGCGGGGCAGACUGUCCCGACCCUCAUGCGGCCUUGGAAAUGGUCCAUUCGCUUGCAACUUCGAUCUCAUGCUCACGGAACUUGAGUCCGUGUCGCGCUUACUCCCUGGUCCACUGGCUCUAUGUCUUCCUCGUGAAGCACAGCGCCCCGGUGAAGCCGGUUAUCGCGCGCGCAAUGUACCAUGCUGGUAUAGUACGAUAUCGAAGGGAGGGACUACGCGUUGCACGCGCGCAGUACGACUACAUUAUGGAUUUUGUGAAGAAAUACGAGCACCCUGAACUGGUGGCUGACCUCGUGCAUGCGCCGCAGGCAGGUGCAACGUAUGAACAGCCGAGUGAAUUCGAGGAGGAUGAGUAUAUCUACGCUUAA